CCCCUUCCGCUAUCAGACUAUCUCCUUGCUUCUUCUCUUCUUAAUUUCUUCCACCAUCAAACACCAACAUUUCACCCAUCUGCUCAUCAACACUCCGUAUCAUCCCUCGCUAUAUCUCUCUUUCUAAUAAUGGGUUUGUUUUUGUGAAUGUGUAUUUGAGCUAAUUGGUGACAUCAUCUUCCCCUGGCCUGCAAAGAACAAUGGAAGUGGUUAAUUGCUUUGAAGUUUCACCACUAGAAGGAGAAGAAGAUUAUAUUAGCAGCAUGCCAGAGAAUGUGAUCGUUAAUGUUAUGGAUCGUUUGCCCGUAAAAGACGCGGUGGGAACUAGUAUUUUGUCUACAAGCUGGAGAUUCAAGUGGACUCUUCUCACAAAACUCAUACUUGAUGUAGAUUUCUUUGAUGGUUUAGAUAACCACUUUGAUAAAAAUAAUAUAACUAAACUUCUCCUCCAUCUUAAAGGUCCAGUUACGAAUUUUAAACUCUUCGUAAGCAAUCGCUUCAAAAUAGAUUUCGAGGAUAUUUAUCAUUGGGUUAUGCUCCUAUCUGGAUUACGAGGAUUAAUGGAACUCACUUUAAUGAAUUGGCGUCAACUGGUUAGGUUGCCUACCCAUCUUUUCUCUUGUCUAGAGCUGAGACAUUUGACGUUUAAUCGCUGUGUUUUCCCCCAUGGUUUUCUUGGUUUCCCAAAGCUAUUGAGCUUACACUUGGAACAUGUAUAUAUUCCAGAUCACAGAUGUGGAGAAUUAAUCGCUCAGUGUCCCUUACUUGAGACUUUGCAAAUUUCAAGUUGGAAUGCCAACCUUGGAGGGGUAUUGAAAUUGGUCGAGAUUGCAAAACUCAAAAAUCUCAAGGAGUUAUGUUUGUCAUUGUGUUUGCUUGACAAUUUGACCAUGCUCAAACUUUCCACUGUCUUCCAGCAAAUGUCUCUUCUUCCAAAACUUCAGGAGCUUUCUUUAGAUUUUGAAAACUGCAAGUUCUUGCCAGAAGAUGUUGCUCUAUAUCUGGUCUCCAGCAACUUUCCCUUCCUCAAGACUCUUGAAUUAUGGGAAAUGGAUUUUAGUAGUGUUUCUAUGUUAUCAUGUGCUUUUGGGAUUCUUUUUGGCUGUGCAAAUCUGCAGAACCUUAGUAUCACAGCUAUAUACAAUAAAGUUGUCCCACUGCCUGCCAUAUGUCUUCCGGAGGUAGACUGAAGCACAAUGAGGCAGCUGCAGCUUCAGCAUGUGAUCUUAGGAUCAAUAAAAGGUUUGGAAAAUGAAGUAUGUUUGAUUAAGCAUAUGCUGGCUUGUUCCCCCAUGCUAAAGAUUAUUUAUAUUCUACUCAACUCGUCCAUAGAGAGAAAUGGAAAUGAGAAGUCUAAGCUUGAAAGCAAGCUGUUGAAGCUCCCUCAAGCCUCCCCAAUGGCGGACAUUAUCGUCAAGUUUGAUGGUGAGGAAUGGAAAUGAGAAAUCUAAGCUUAAAAGCAAGCUGCAGAAGCUCCAUCGAGCCUCCCCAAUGGCGGAGAUUAUCGUCAAGUUUGAUCAAGUUUGUUAUUGUUUGGACUAAUUUGUGUGGUAGGAAAUCACCUCCUCUAUAUAUUUGGUGUAAUGAAGAAUUAAGACCUACUUCAUAUUCUGUCUUUGCAGAAAUCUGAAAUGUGAUCAUUGCUCGACUGAUUAAGCAUUA